AUGGUGCGCAAACCCGCCAAACAAGGCGGCGGCGGCGCCAAAGCCAAAGCCGCUGCCGCUGCCACAGCCUCUCCUUCUCCGCCGGCCAUCCCCCCUCCGCCCUUUUCCCGCGCCCCCGAACUCGAGCCCUUCCUGUCGACCCUCGACCGCGAGAAGGUGUACCUCACGCACGUCGACACGCACCCGAUCGAGUUCAAGCAGCGCAUCUUCACGAUCCCGGCGGCGCUCAACGCGGCCAUCGUGGCGCUGCUGGCGUGGCGGGCGUACGCGGCGCUGCCGACGUACUGGGCGCUGCUGCUGGCCGCGCUCGGCAACCACACGGAAUACGCGGUGCGGCGCGACGCGGCGACGUGGGGCGAGCUGGCGCGCAUCGCGCUGCGGCGCGGCGCCCUGUUCCUCGGCGACUACGCGCUCGUCUUCGUGCUGGGCAGCUGGCCGUGGAACUUCUUCGUCGGCAACGGGCCCCAGGGCGACACGGGCAACCCGUGCGCGUGGCGGUGGGCGAUUGGCGGGUUCCGCGAGCGCGAGAUCUACAUCAGGGAGAGCAGGGGGUGGGGCGUCAAGGAGCUGCUGGGCGAGGAGGGGGAGAUGGCGGCGAGCGAGGAGAGCCCGUUGUUCAAGAUGCGGAUCCUGCCGGCCAUCGAUCGGCGCUUCAUCCGCGAGAAGACGGGGUCGCUGAUGGUGGAUGCCAACUGGGACCUCGACUACGAGGCCAUGGCCAGGGCGCACCGGGCGGUGGACAAGGGGGAGAUCGCGGAGCAGAAGUUCGAGAAGAGCGUGUGGGUGUAUGGCGGGGAGCCGGUGGGCUGGUGCGUGUGGGAGGUGUACCGCCUGGAUGGCGACGGCGCCGAGGCCGAGGGCAGGAAGAAGAUCGUCGCGUUCAAGGACCGGCUCACGGCGCUGGGCAAGGAGAGCCUGUUCUUCCGCUGGAUCGAGCUCAUCCAGUACGAGAGCAGCCAGCCCGGCGGCUUCACGCCCGCGCGCCAGCAGGACGCUGUCAACAAGGCAAAGGAGCUCUUCGAGAUGCAGGGCGUGGAUUUUGAGCGGUUCAUCGACGACGUCGGCGGGCUGGAUGGAAUCCCUGGCUUGGGCCGGUGA